GGCUAGCGCUGGCAGUAUCCCUCUCUUUCCUGUGUUCCUUCCUUCUAACUCAUUUUCAUGUAUUUAAUGCAAUCUUUCUCACCAUCUCUCCCCUCUGCAAACUCCUGCAUCUUUUGAUAUAUUUUUUCUGCAACGUACACAAGAUUAAAGGAUGUUAUUUCAUCAUCGUCUCCUUUUCCUUUCACUUGUUUGUGCCUUUUGCCUCACAAUUUUUGCUUCUGGAGCCCCUCUUUUGGAAAACAGUGAAGUGGAAGCUUUAAAAGAUAUAGCAGAGUCACUAGGCAAAAAAGACUGGAAUUUCAAUGUAAAUCCAUGCAGUCAAGAAAAGAGUUGGGUUGCAGAAACCCAAGAUAAUGGAUCUGAGAAAAAUGUCAGCUGCGAUUGCUCCUUCUCCAGUGGCACUCUUUGCCAUGUAGUCUCCAUAGUGCUCAAGUCUGGAAAUCUGACCGGCACUCUCCCGCCAAACUUGACCAGACUCCCUUUUCUCCAACAAUUUGACGUCUCUCGCAACUAUCUCAGUGGCCCAAUCCCGCCAGUAUGGAGCUCCCUCCCACUCGUCAGCAUUUCCCUUCUUGGAAACCGGUUAACAGGUUCAAUUCCAAAAGAUAUUGCAAAUAUUAGCACGCUCAAAAGUUUAGUUCUGGAGUUCAAUCAGUUUUCAGGAGUUUUGCCUGAAGAGCUUGGAAAUUUAUCAAGCCUAGAAAGAUUGCAUCUUACCUCAAACAAUUUCACUGGGGAAUUGCCAAAAACAUUUUCUAAUUUGAUCACACUGCAGGAGUUUCGAAUUGGUGAUAACAACUUUAGUGGGAAGAUACCCGAAUUUAUUCAGAACUGGACAAACCUUAGAAGACUAGUUAUUCAGGGAAGUGGUUUGGAGGGUCCAAUUCCUUCUAGCCUUGCUGAUUUGAAAAAUUUAACUGACCUGAUAAUCAGUGACUUGAAUGGAAAUGAUUCAAGUUUUCCACUGCUUGAAAACUUGACCAAUUUGGGGACACUGAUAUUGAGAAGUUGCAACCUCUUUGGAGAAAUACCAUUAUAUCUCGGCAAUUUUACAAAUUUGAAAACUUUAGAUCUAAGCUUUAACAAGCUUAGUGGAGUGAUCCCAAACAUCUCUGCCAGUCAACCAAUUGCAACUUACAUAUAUUUAACCAGCAACUUUCUAACCGGAGCGGUGCCUGAUUUGUUGGUGAAAUCACGAAAGAAAGUUGAUCUUUCUUAUAAUAAUUUCACUGCUGGACUCUCAGAGGUGACACACUGCCAAAGUGAAGAUGUGAACUUGUUUGCGAGCUCUUCUAAGGCCAAUGACAUAACAGGAAUUGUUUCAUGUUUGAAGAGCUCCAAUUGUCCAAAAACUUUGAACUACCAUCUUCAUAUUAAUUGUGGAGGGAAAGAAGUGAUUGUUGAUGGAAAUACCACAUAUGAAGCUGAUACAGAUAAAGCCGGACCUUCAAAAUUCUUCACUAGUAGAACUUAUUGGGGAUUUAGCUCCACUGGCCACUUCCUGGAUGCCCAAUCUGCAGAAACUUAUAUUUGGGAAAAUACAUCUGUACUGUCAAUUAAUGAUUCCAAGGCCCAGCUAUACAAGCAAGCCCGUCUUUCUCCCCUGUCUCUUACCUAUUAUGGAUUUUGUCUGGGAAAUGGAAACUACACAGUCAAACUCCACUUUGCAGAGAUAAUGUUCCCUGAUGACGAAACAUAUAGCAGCUUGGGCAGGCGCAUAUUUGAUGUUUACAUUCAGGGAAAGCUGGUGCUCAAGGAUUUUAAUAUCAAGGUUGCAGCUGGCGGUGUUGGUAAGGAAAUUAUGAAACCGAUAUUUAAUGUUUCUGUCACCAGCAAUACUGUAGAGAUCCGUUUCAUCUGGGCUGGGAAAGGAACAACUGCUCUCCCCAUAAAAGGAGUUUAUGGUCCUCUUAUAUCAGCCAUUUCUGUUGAUGCUGAGCAGUACUCCCCUUCAGAAAAUAGUAGUAGUAUAUCUGCUGGGACAAUCGUUGGAAUUGUGGCUGGAGCAGUGGUUACUAUUUUCCUGAUUUUGGUUAUCCUUUGGUGGAAAGGCUGUCUGAGAUGGGAGAGUACAUUGGAGCAAGAGCUCAAGGGUCUGGACUUGCAUACGGGUUCCUUUACUCUGAGGCAAAUUAAAGGUGCGACAAACAACUUUGAUGUAGCUCACAAGAUUGGAGAAGGUGGCUUUGGUCCAGUUUACAAGGGCACCCUGGCUGAUGGUACUGUAAUUGCUGUUAAGCAGCUAUCUUCCAAAUCAAAGCAAGGAAAUCGAGAGUUUGUGAAUGAGAUUGGCAUGAUUUCUGCUUUGCAACACCCAAAUCUUGUAAAGCUUCAUGGAUGUUGUGUUGAGGGAAACCAAUUAAUGCUAAUUUAUGAGUACCUGGAAAAUAACAGCCUUGCUCGAGCUUUAUUUGGUCCAGAAGAGCAUCAGUUGAAAAUGGAUUGGCCAACAAGGCACAAGAUCUGUGUGGGUAUAGCAAGGGGUUUGGCUCAUCUCCAUGGAGAAUCAAGGUUGAAGAUUGUCCACAGAGACAUCAAGGCCACUAAUGUGCUUCUUGAUAAGGACCUGAAUCCCAAGAUAUCUGAUUUUGGUUUGGCCAAACUAGAUGAGGAGGAAAACACCCACAUAAGUACUAGAAUUGCUGGAACACUUGGGUACAUGGCACCAGAAUAUGCAAUGCGAGGUUAUUUAACUGAUAAAGCAGACGUGUAUAGCUUUGGAGUCGUUGCCUUGGAAAUUGUUAGCGGAAGAAGCAAUGGUAGUUUCCGACCAAAAGAGGAAAGAGCAUAUCUUCUUGAUUGGGUUCAUGUCUUAAAAGAAGAAGAAAACUUGAUGGAGCUAGUCGAUCCAAGGUUGGGCUCGGACUUUAAUGAGAAAGAAGUGAUGGCGGUGAUCAAUGUGGCCCUUCUAUGCACUGCUACCUCUUCUGCUGUUAGGCCGACAAUGUCUGAAGUUGUAAGCAUGCUUGAAGGAUGGGCUGCUGUUCCAGAGUCGAUUCCACGCUCUAGUGACUCCAUUGAAGAGGCCAAGUUCGAAGCAAUGCGAAACUAUUAUAAAUGCAGUAGAGAACAAUCCAAUAACGAGAGCCAGAGCCAGAGUAAGUCGACUGACAAGCUGUGGACGGGUUCUUCGACAUCUGCAUCUGAUCUUUACCCAGUCAAUAUUGAUUCGGAUUAUUUGGUUGCUGGAAACUAGUGAUUAGAAAAUAGUUGAAACAUGAAAGCAUGUUAAGGUAAUACAAUUGUAUACAAUUUAGAGUUAAUUUGGUUGGAGUAAUUUUUUACGUUAAAAAAUAAAAGACUAUUGAAAGAAUAAAUUAUUUAAAAAAUUAUUUGAUAUAAA